GACGAGGCGCCUGAUGGGAGAGCGGGGAUAAGCGCCGGUCCGUCGCUGACGCCUGCGCCAUUUUGUCCGCCCGCCUGCAGUUAGUGUCGGCCGAGUUGCUGCAGCCUUCAGACAUGGCAAGCCCUGUGAAAGACAAUUACAGAAUGAGAAGCUACAAGAACAAAGCAUUAAACACUCAAGAAAUGCGAAGGCGACGUGAGGAAGAGGGAAUUCAAUUACGAAAACAGAAAAGGGAAGAGCAGUUGUUCAAACGCAGAAAUGUGGCUGUACCUGGUGAUGAUGAAGUCAUGUUUGAAAGCCCCAUUCAGGAUCCUGACAUAAGUUCAACUGUGGUAUCUAUGCCUGGAGAAGGUGUAAUCACGGUAGAAAUGGUACAGAUGAUAUUUUCAGACGAUCCAGAUCAGCAGCUUGCAGCAACACAGAAGUUUCGGAAAUUACUUUCGAAAGAGCCUAAUCCUCCUAUAGAUGAGGUUAUAAAUACACCAGGCAUUGUGCCAAGACUUGUGGAAUUUUUGAAGCGUAACGAGAAUUUUACCCUCCAAUUUGAGGCUGCAUGGGCUUUAACAAACAUAGCCUCUGGAACAUUUCUCCAUACUAAGGUUGUUAUCCAAGCUGAUGCUGUACCAAUCUUCAUUCAGUUGCUUAAUUCUGAAUACGAGGAUGUUCAGGAGCAGGCAGUCUGGGCAUUAGGCAAUAUUGCAGGUGACAAUGCUGAAUGCCGAAACUUUGUGCUAAACUGUGGAAUUCUUCCGCCCCUUUUACAGUUGUUAACCAAGUCUAAUCGACUUACUACAACAAGGAAUGCUGUUUGGGCUUUGUCAAACUUGUGCAGGGGCAAGAAUCCACCCCCAGAUUUUGAAAAGGUAUCACCUUGUUUGAACGUGUUAUCAAGACUCUUAUUUAGCAGUGAUCCUGAUGUUUUGGCCGAUGCCUGCUGGGCCCUUUCUUAUCUUUCUGAUGGACCCAAUGAGAAAAUACAAAUAGUCAUUGAUUCGGGAGUUUGUAGGAGAUUAGUGGAGCUUUUGAUGCAUAAUGAUUAUAAGGUGGUGUCGCCUGCACUGAGAGCCGUAGGAAAUAUAGUUACCGGAGAUGACAUCCAGACACAGGUAAUUUUGAACUGUUCUGCGUUGCCCUGUCUCCUUCAUUUGUUAAGCAGUCCUAAAGAAUCUAUAAGGAAGGAAGCUUGUUGGACAGUUUCAAACAUCACUGCAGGAAACAGAGCACAAAUCCAGGCAGUAAUAGAUGCAAAUAUUUUCCCAGUGCUAAUUGAUGUUCUUCAGAAGGCUGAAUUUCGCACCAGAAAGGAGGCUGCUUGGGCUAUCACAAAUGCAACUUCUGGUGGAACUCCAGAACAGAUCAGGUAUUUGGUGGAACUGGGCUGUAUCAAACCUUUGUGUGACUUACUCACAGUCAUGGACUCCAAAAUUGUCCAGGUUGCUUUGAAUGGAUUGGAAAAUAUUCUCCGGUUAGGAGAACAAGAGGCCAAGCAGAAUGGAACCGGUAUCAAUCCAUAUUGUGCUCUCAUUGAGGAAGCCUAUGGGCUGGAUAAAAUUGAGUUUCUUCAAAGUCAUGAAAACCAGGAGAUUUAUCAGAAAGCCUUUGACCUGAUUGAGCAUUAUUUUGGUAUAGAAGAGGAGGACUCGAGCAUUGCACCGCAGGUAGAUGAGAGCCAACAGCAGUUCAUUUUCCAGCAACAAGAGGCCCCGAUGGAAGGUUUCCAGUUGUAAAUGCAUGAUUGGAGAAAUUGUCCACGAUGCCACCAUAUUCAUAACUACAAAAUCCUCAGAGCCAAAAUUAAAGAAGCUGUUGUAGUUGAGUUUAAAAAAAAAAAUUAGGAACAUUUUUGAAAGAGCAAAAAUGUGUGACAGCUUAUGCACUUUUCUAUUUGCAGUUUAAGGUGUAAUUUAAACUGCGGCUGUUGAUUUCAUGUUGCAUAUUUAAUGUUCAUUUAGGUAUCUUGUCAUAUGAUUUGGAUCAUGCAUCUGAAUUUCUCUGAAGAAAGGAUGUUGGAGUGGCAGAUACAUCAAUAUUUAAGCUGAAAUUACAGCCAUCCAAAUAGUUCUAUUUCAUUUAACUGUUUACAGCCCUAAUUUAAGCAGAAUACUUAUUUAUUCUUUGUUUCUAGAGCCUCAAAAUACUGUUACAGGGUGUGGUUUCCUUUGUGUUGAAUAAUGGAAUUGAACUCCAAAACUACUUGACCAAAAUUCUUUCUAAAGUCCAAAAAGUGUAUUCUCUCACUUCCAUUAAUAAAAUGCAUGGUUUGAGCAAAUUGAACUUAUCUCAGCCACUUUCAACACUAGUGUAUGUAAGCAGUUUAUAGGUACCCCCCUGCUGAUAAAUCUACCUCUUUAAAUUAGGACGCAAUUGUUUAAAAGUCAUUGACUUAACGUAUUUGUUAACAGUACAAGUUAAUGUGAAAAACAGUAAUUAUCAGCAUUUGCUAGUUUAUAUUUCAAUAUGAAAACCUGUAAAUGUAUUUAUACUUUCUAGAAAAGAAAACUAAUAAUUGCACUCUGAACAGGAGACUUGAAAUUGUAGCACUGCUGACUAUACAUCAUGUUGUUAUUUUAAUUAGGUGUGUGUAGAAUUCCCUGGUAGAUUCACCCAAUCAGAAAUACCUGAUCAGAUUCAAUAUGUGAGCUUUCUCCUCCCCUUCCUCUCUCGUCCUGCUCCCUCUUCCCACUCUUUUGCAUUUUCCAUCCCCUUGCCUUCCAGGAAAAAUGGAUUGAACUGAGUAGAGAUGUAAUCCUUCACCAAUUUGUGAAAUUAGUUUCUUAAGUAUUAACAUAAGGUUUUUUGAUAACCAGAUAAGUGCUGAUUACUAAUUAAUAAUGCAUAAAUGGAACUUCACAACUAAGCUAUUUGGUCAUGUGAUUCACUUCAUAUUUCCUCUCAAGUAGCACUGCUACUGAUAGUCCCUUGAGGUGAUAUUUCUGUGUACUCCAUACAGUUCAUUUAAAGAACUAGUUAUGUACAAAAAUAGUACAGAAUAACUUAUUUUCAUCACUAAAUUGGUUAGUAGGUACCUGAUAUUAAAGUUUUAAAAUAAUGCUGAUUAGAAAAUAAGGUCAUGUCACCACAUUAACAUUAAAGAAUGGAAAUGGUGGCAAAAGUGAUCCUCUGGAAUCUUUUACUUGUAUUCUGCAAUUUAAAAUCACAGCCACAGUUUCAGAUGCUAUUUCUUCGGUGUUGCAGCAGCAUUAAAAGAAAAUUCUUUAUCAGAUAGUUAGGGCCUGCAAUCGAGAACCUUUGGUGUGAAGAAUGUUGUACAGUGAUUUUGAUUUUUUUUGUAAAGAAAAUUUUGAAUUGUGCUCUUGCAGGUUCAGUGUAAAUAUGCAAACGUCACUACUUUCACAAUACUUCCCUACUAAAAAUCCAUUUUUUAAAAUGGGUGACUCCAUUGUUUAAUGAUUCAGAAGACAGUUUUAGUUAAAUAUUAAGUUAAUGACUUAGUUCUAUCCUGUACUCAACACAGAUUUUGAUUUAGAAAAUCUCACUAUUAUGUAUUUUAUCGAUUAUCAAAAUGUAAAGCUAAUUUUUCUGUUGUACCAUCUUGGAUCUGAAAUAGGAAGGAAUGGCUUAAACAUGAUUAAUGAUAUAGCAGAUAAGUGCUGAACAUGCUAAUAGACCACCCUGUUUUGUUAUUUUAAAGGAAGCCCACCUGUCGUAAGUGUGUUAUUGGUUAUUUACUAAUGUUGCCAUAAGUAAUUCUAAAGAGAAAGGGAACAGAUUGUUAAUCUGUGUGGUUUGAAAGUAUAAAAAAAAGCCAAAUUUGCAUUAUAAUUAAAUGUAACUGCUGUACAGUGGCAAGUGUGUAUAUAAAGAAAUAAUUAUUUGGAAAAACUUAAAAUACUCCUUGCUCCAUCACUAAAAUACAUAGUUCUAAUUAGUAUUAUGUCUGUAUUGAAAUGAGUUUAUUGUAAAUGUUCUGAUUUCUUUGCAUUAUAUCGUUGUUCACUACAGCUGAUGCUUUUCAGUGAAAAGUAUCGACUGUAAUACAUGCCACUUCAUUGGUUGAGGGAUUUUUUUUUAAUUACCAUUAUAGCUGAAAGCUUGAACUCAGCUAAAGUCUUGAAACUUGUAGAACAGCAAUACAAAAUUGCAGUGUGAAAAACUGUUUUAUGCAUGACUGUUUCAAUAGUUACAGGUCACCAAUGCUCCACGUGUAAAGUUGAUCACAGUCGUGUCACUGCUUUUCGAAAGAUGACUCAGAUGUUUCAUUUGCACAGUAUUUAACAUGACCAAAUAUUAGCUAAAAAUCUCAACAGUAUUAUUUAAAAAUAUUUUUGCCCCAAGAUAUUUAACAGUAAACUUCAUGAGGAAUAAAUCUGAUAGGGAUAAAGCAAAGUAUAUAAACAUUCUAUAAAGGGAUACUUUCUAUUUUGUCUUAACUGAAAUGUUCUCUUGCCUCAAAUUUAUAAAGCUGUUUUUGUUUAGGUCCCUCAGUCAGUAUCCCUGCUAUAGAAUUAAGAAGUCACAAUGCAAGUGCUAUUUGGCACUAGCCAAAUAACAAAAGUAGCACUGUGUUGUAGCUUGGGUUUGCUACAUUAGCCACAUGAAAAUACACAAUGCCUCAUUUUUUGAGUUAAACUUUGUAUUAGCUCUCAUGCUGCAUCUUGCAGUACUUAUGUUGUCAUACAAAAUAAUGUGAAUCUGAAAACUACUAAUACUGUGCUAGAUGUAUCAGCAGACAUAUUUAAGCUGCAUUUAUUAAGUGACAAUUACAAUACAUAUAUACUAGCAAUAGUUGCAUAAAUCAUAAUUUCUAAAGAAUUGAAAAACCUGUGCUCUAAAUUAACAUAUCUGCAUCAUUAAAGCUAAUGUUUUUGUGUGUGUGUAUAUAUUUUUUUACAAUGACCAGAGCUGUACAAUUUGACAUGAGUAAAUUCAUUCUUUAUUGGAUCUAUUUUCUUUCAUUUGGAAUUACUACUUUCUCUACUGUUGCUGGCAACAGCCUUGGAAUCAACAGUCCCAAAAUCCUGCUCCCCUUGUUCUGAAACUUUCCCUUCUCCAGUUUGGAUUUUUGAAAAUUGUGUUUGAAUAGAAUUAGGAACAUUGAGCCAAGAUCAGCAAGGGUAAAAUACCAUGCAGAAGAUUUCCAAUCUGUUUCGUGCAUUUUGUAUAUGUGCAAAGAAUGUUGCAUUUUUUCCUUCCACUUUUGGACUGGGGAAUAGUUUUCUAGUGAAUAUCUUGUGAGCGUACACAAGCUAAUUGAUUAUUCAGUUGCAUUGAAGUGUAUUGGAUUUGGAAAUAUCUGGAAAGCAAAAAUAAAAAAUCCAUUCACAUGAUUUUGAUUUGCUG